CCCUUUCUUUUCCUCAUUUACCUCUGUUUCUGUACGACACUCGGCUCCACACCCAUUUGCCUUCUCUCUCUGAACUCUUCAUUGGGUCUUUUGGAUUUUUCUGAUUCUGUGUUAAAUUAUUGGGGCAUCUGUACGAUUACAAUUUUCCCUCCAUUGCUGCUCCAGAUCCGAGCUUCCCAAUUUUGUCGGUAAUGAGAAACUCCUAUUCUCUUCUCUUCAUUUACCAUUUACUUUGAAUUUCAGUCAAACCCAAUUGGUUAUUCUUGGAGAAUCCCCCUUUCUUGAUCUGGGGUUUUUCUGUAUUCGAGUAUCUGGUUAAGUAGCUUCGAUAUUCGCAUUACAUUCUUGAUUUCCUCUUCUGGGUACCUUCUCUUUUGAUCUUGAUCCGUAUGCCACCUUGAAUUUUUCGGUGUUGCUGAUUUUCAUUGAGUAUAGACUACGGCAAUGUCUUCCAUGAGAGUGGAUACGAAGCAAUACUUUACAACCAGUGGACUUGUGAUUGGUUAUGCUCUUUGUUCGAGCUUGCUUGCUGUGAUAAACAAGUUUGCCAUUACCAAAUUUAACUACCCUGGUCUUUUGACGGCUCUGCAGUAUUUAACCUCUGCUGUUGGAGUUUGGAUUUUGGGGAAACUUGGGUUUUUGCAUCAUGACCCUUUUACAUAUGCAACUGCUAAGAAGUUUUUACCUGCUGCGUUUGUGUUCUAUCUCGCAAUCUUUACCAACACGAAUCUUCUUCGUCAUGCUAAUGUGGAUACUUUCAUAGUGUUCAGAUCUUGUACCCCUCUUCUAGUUGCCAUUGCAGAUACCAUGUUUAGAAACCAACCGUGUCCGUCUAAGCUCACGUUUGGAUCGUUGCUGAUCAUUUUAGGUGGAGCAGUUGGGUAUGUAGCUACAGAUUCUGCAUUUACUUUGACUGCUUAUUCAUGGGCAUUUGCUUAUUUGGUGACAAUUACUACUGAGAUGGUUUACAUCAAACAUAUGGUCACAAAUCUUGGGUUGAACACAUGGGGUUUUGUUCUGUAUAAUAAUCUAAUUUCAUUGAUCUUGGCUCCUGUGUUCUGGUUCAUCACUGGAGAGUAUGUUGAUGUUUUCUCUACCUUAGGUUCAAGUGGAGGAGAUUGGUUUGAAUAUGAUGCAUUUUUUGCAGUGUCCUUAUCGUGCGUAUUUGGUUUCCUCAUAAGCUUCUUUGGUUUUGCGGCAAGAAAGGCAAUUUCUGCUACUGCCUUCACAGUUACUGGCGUGGUUAAUAAGUUCCUAACAGUUGCUAUCAAUGUGUUAAUUUGGGAUAAGCAUGCGAAUCCAUUUGGUUUGGUCUGUCUCCUUUUCACAAUUUCAGGAGGUGUUCUAUAUCAGCAGUCGGUUACUGGAGCUGGCAGUGCUCCAUCGUCGGCAGAUAAGCCCACAGGAAAUGAUAAUGAUCCUGAGGGAAAUCAUGGCAAGCCUGGAUUUGAUAUGAAUGAAGAGAACUCAAUCAAGCUUCAAGUUUCCAGCCUUCAUCCACAACUACACAAGAAAGAUCAACAGCAGGAUCAGGAAGAUGAAGCAUUGCUUUAUCAGUGGCGCCAAUUGGAGGAUCAAGCAAGAAAUAACCCAGGAGAGCUUCAAGAACCUAAAGAUGAAGAAAAGAAGUAGAAAUGACCGAGCUCUUCAAAAGAGGAGGAAACCUCCACCAAAUAGGAAUUCUUGUUUCAUUUCUAAGGAAACUAAGAAAUCUGUGCCUAAUCAAGUCUCAUUGCCACUUGGUCAUAUCCAUUGGAGAAUUCGUUGAAGACAUCAUCUUGUUCCAGCUAUUUUACUUAUUUACUCUUAUUUCCUCCAAAAUUAGGCUUUUAGCUGAUGUUAUUAUGGGCCUGAUAUGAGCCAUAGUCUUAUUUAAGUAAUUCUAAUCCAUAAAGGAGUCGUAUGACUGACCACUUUGAGAAAUCUUACAUCAAUUAGCAAACCUAGCAAAUAUAGAUAGUGACUGAUUAGGCGUCUCUUGGAAGGCUAUAUAAAGCUUUGUCUUCUAUUGAGUUGUUUCUUCAUAUUUGCUAUGGUUAAUGAGUAAAGAGCAAUUUUUCCUUUUCUUUCAA